AUGGACAGAAUAAACAAUUACAAAGAGAGAGUGACAAACUAGUAAACAAAGAUAGUGCCGAAGUUUUCGAAGUUUUCGUCGUGUAUUUUUGCGUGUAUAAAAUGGAAAAAUUAUACAGGUUGUUGACAUGAAAGUGAUUUUCGUUCAGUGCGAGAUCUGUGAAUUGUUUGAAGAAAUUUAUCACCCAUGCUGUAGACUUCGGUCUUAGAAAUUUCUAAUUAACCUCAAUGCAAAUUAAUUGCUAUUUGUCUUUGCAUUUAAAAUUCGUUGCAGUUAUUACGUGAAAAUUCAAUUAUGGGCAACAUUGAUGAGAUGAAAAAUGAAGGUGGUCCUGAUCUGUCCCCGACAACUGAGGCUAGCAAACUUUUGGAACAAGCAUUAAUGCAGAUGGAUGGAAUUAUUUCAGGCAACAACGGCUCCCUGAAUGCCCAUUCCCCAGACUACGGGUUCGGAUCGUCGCCCUCGGGGGUGCGGGAGGCUGCCAACAACCUGGUUACGGCCCUACGUAACACCAAGGCCCCCCCAAGUCCGGAUCCGCAGGUCCUGAAGACGCUGCUCGACUGGAUUCAACAGCAACGCACCCUGCAAACUUCAUCCCGCAGCCGGCACUGGAAGUUCAGCAUCGGCCGAAUUCUUCGACGUAUCUCGACGUGGGCGAAACUCCGAACUAUCCUUCGAGGAAUCCGUUUUCGAAGGACCAGAAUCCUUCGGGUAAGCCCCCGUUCUCUCCCCCGCCCCAGCAAAAAUUCGCCAGACCCCCCAAGCCCCUGCCGAGGAGUUCGCUUCCCAGGGAUGUCCAAGACGGUGACGAUAGAGGAAGGGAUAGAGUAA